CGCCUGUCCUCCUCCUCGCGCAGAGCUCGACGCGCACAGGCACAACAGAUGUUACAGUACUACAGGCUGCAGGAGCGCAAGAAUUUGAUGUAGAAGAAGAAGUACUUUUAACCUGCUUUAAACUUCACAGGAGCGGUUAGUGUUAGCGGAGUAAGGGGGGGUUCUCCGAGGACAACAACCCGACUUUCGCAGUACCUGGAUCCUAUACGUUCAGAGGCGCAAUUUGGUGUCAAGGUCAGGAGUGGCCAUGCCAUUUGGCUGUUUAACAAUCGGGGAAAAGAAGGAUUAUAACAAUCCUUCGGAGGUGACAGAUAAAUAUGACUUGGGUCAGAUCGUUAAAUCGGAGGAGUUCUGUGAGAUAUUCAGGGCCAAGGACAAAAAUACGGUCAAAAUGUUUACAUGUAAAAAGUUCCUGAAAAAGGACGGGAGGAAAGUCCGCAAGGCUGCGAAAAAUGAGAUCCUCAUCCUAAAGAUGGUGAAGCAUCCCAACAUUCUCGCACUGGUGGAUGUAUUCGAGACCAAAAAAGAGUACUUCCUCUUCCUUGAACUGGCAACAGGCAGAGAGGUGUUUGACUGGAUCCUGGACCAAGGCUACUACUCAGAGCGAGACACCAGCAACGUGGUGCGCCAGGUGUUGGAGGCUGUCGCCUACCUCCACUCCCUGCAUAUCGUUCACAGAAACCUCAAGUUGGAGAACUUGGUGUACUACAAUCGCCUGAAGCACUCUAAAAUAGUCAUCAGUGACUUCCAUCUUGCCAAGCUGGAGAACGGACUCAUCAAAGACCCCUGUGGGACACCAGAGUACCUGGCUCCAGAGGUGGUUGGCAGACAGCGGUAUGGACGGCCCGUGGACUGCUGGGCAACAGGUGUCAUCAUGUACAUACUGCUGUCGGGCAACCCUCCUUUCUACGACGAAACUGACGACGAUGAUUACGAAAACCACGACAAGAACCUGUUCCGAAAGAUCCUGGCCGGCGAUUAUGAGUUUGACUCUCCGUACUGGGAUGAAAUCUCAGAUUCAGCUAAAAGUCUGGUUGCCCGUUUGAUGGAGGUGGAUCAAGACCAGAGACUGACGGCCCAGGAGGCUAUAAACCAUGAAUGGAUCUCUGGCGGUGCGGCUUCAGAUAAGAACAUCAAGGAAAACGUGUGUGCACAAAUAGAGAAGAACUUUGCCCGGGCUAAAUGGAAGAAAGCCGUGCGUGUCACCACCAUCAUGAAGAGGCUGAGAGCACCUGAGCAGAGCGACUCGAGGGCAGCCAGCCCCGCUGCUGCUGCUGCCCCGGCAGACGCCGCUGCUCCCCAACCUGCCAGCGACCCAUCCGCUGCAGUACCCGAGGGAGCGCCUGCUGUCGUCACAGAGCUCCCUGCUGGAGUGGAGAUAAGCCAACCAGCGCCGGAGGCUGGAGAUGGGGCGGCCGCCUCAGACGGGGAGCCACAGCAACCGACGCCGGCGCCGCAGGAGGCCGAGCCCACAUCGCGCUGUAACGGAGAAGCUGCUCUCAAUACAGCCACCGAGGCCGGGGACGAGCAGGGUUAGACAACCCCCCCCCCCCACUGCGCAACCCAUCCCUUCCUAUGUGACCUUUGCAGUCCCCAUCAACUCCUGCACACUGUACAUUAGCUGCUAGCAUGGUGACACUGACUCUGCUUCUCCCUCACUUGCAGCAUUAGUAUCAUCUCAUGGAGGCUGUGUGCUACCUUUCCCCGAGUGCCGCGUCGCAUUGGCUUUCUUUUUACACUUAUUGUGUCUUUUUUUCAAUGACCCCUCCAGUAUUUGAUGUCAGAUUAAAUUAAACACUUCUUUCUCCCCACUCAUGAGUUUUAGGAGCAGAAACAGAUUUGCCAUCAAGCUGCUUCUUACAGCUAAAGUCUUCUAUCCUAUUCCUCUCUUAGAGAUAAGAUAAUAUAGGAAGGCAUAAUUGUGCUGAAUACGGCUUUGAUUCCUUUUUAAUGAGCCGACUUGGGAAACUUCCCUUCACCAGUCUUGCAAUUACAGUAUUUGUUCUUAGAAUUAGUAGAAAAGUUUUGCUUCUGAAAUGUUGACCUUGUACCGUGAUACUCAGUAAGUGCUGGUCCUCUCGCCUGGAGAAGAUCACAUAUUCCUGUCACAGGUGGAAUAUGGUAAUCUUUCCUAUCCGUUAUUGUCUACACUAACCAGCUAUUGUGCGUCAAACAAUGCUGGGAUUGGUGACUGGGGGUUAUUAUGCCCGGUAUUUUAUUUUGAACCAGGCAGCUUCUUACAUAAGCACACACGUAAACACUAUGUUCCUUUGCUUACUUCCUGCUCAGGAAAGAACCUCAUAGCUGUAAGUGUAAAGAUUCUGUAUAUAGAGACCUUUGUAGAAGUAGCCAAAACAGCAUGCAUUCUCACUUUUUUCUGCGGUUUCAUCUCACAUUUCCAGCCACUUGGUGGAUAAAGAUGCGCUGCCACCAAAUUUAUCGCAGGCCAGAGCACCCACGCCUUUUGCCACAAGCCAAGCCGAGGCUGAACCUACUUUAAAAAGCACACUAUAUAUUAUGUUGUCUAUCACCACUGUUCAUUUAGCACCCCUGUUGUCAAUGUAAGUAGUACGAAAAUAGACAAGUCUUCAUUACAUAGCAGUUCUAUGCAUCCAAAUUAAUUUGUAGCUUUUCCUUUUUUAGAAACGUCAUGACAUCCUUAAUCAUCACGUGACAAUAAAUGUCUUUUUUUUUUGCUAGAUCUCUGUUUACUUGUAUGUACUUUGUAUUUUAUCGUGUCCUUUGUGAUUAAAUACUGACUUAAGGCGCCACAUAUGUCUUAAUACUUGGGUGUAACUGUAAAGCAUUAACUACAUGCAGCUUUUAAGGGAAAACUUGCAUCAUUUUAGAUUUGUGGCAACUUUUGGGUCAACUCGCCAUCUUUGCUGACCUCUAUUGUACGAAAAUGAUUAUGAAGCAAAUGUUUGACAUUUCUGAACUCUUUUUUUUAAAUGCCAUAUCUUUAUUGCUUUCUUUUUAUAGCUCUUUCACUCAUGUUUGUUCCAUAGAUGUUCCUCCUUAUACUUGAUUAACAGUAAUAACAAUCUUUCCUUUCUUGUCGCUGGUCCCCUCGAGUAUAAAUAAUGAGCUACAGAACGAGGUCUCUGUAAUCACUCUAGAGGAAAUUGAGCAAUAUUCGAAUGGCUGCAGAAACUGUGAUUCCUGGUGUCCUUUCGAUACAGUCCAUGUCCCUGUAAGUAAAAGUCUAUAGUCCUCUGCCGACUAACUAGCACAUGUCUGCUGCUGUCAGAUAAGUGUGUGUGAGUCCCCACGUUAGUCUCUGUAUACACACACACACACACACACACACACA